AAUGGUGCAAAAUUAAUCACCUUUUAACAUCACCAUUUAAUGGGACCCACUUUCCCACCAUUCACAGCUCACUUCCACACUUACGUGGAGGAGAGAGAAAAACUUAAACCCACUUUUCAUUGUCCAAAUUUUGUAUUUUGCCGCGCUAUACCCCUCAUAAACAAUUACAAAAUAAAAAUAAAAUUUGAAAACCACUUUUUUAGGUUCGGAAUUUGUCUCUUGUUCCAAACCUAAGGUUCGGACAUUUCUCCCGAACCUAAUCUCUCAAAAUCAAAAUUCCCCCCUUUAUUGUCACUUCACACAGUUCUCCCUCUUUCCUUCAUUUUCUCUCUCCUCUUUCUUUCACCUCUUUCUCGUGUCAACCAUGCCGUUUUCUGCAACUGUUUAUUUCUCUUAAAAUCUUGAAACUUCCUACAAAAAUGUCAAUUAUUUUCAUCAAAGAUUAAAUCUUUUUCAAUCUCCAAAAUUGGGUUUUUUUUUUGGAAUGUAAAUUUCUUAAUUUUUCAUGCUUCUUUGAGCUUUUCUCACGGUACUUUGAAUUUAAAGAUAAUAAAAAAAGGAUAAAUUUAAUGCAGAGAUCAACAACCUCAAUCAAAUUCACAUGCAUCCUUAAAAAUUGAUUAAUUUGUCGACCCUCAUUUCUCCUGUUACUCAAUUUUUUUUUCUUAAUUAUCACCCAAAUCACAAAAUUUAAAUAAAAAAAUUAUAAAUUCUCUCCCAUUUUUCUUCCACCAAUCCCAAUUUAAUUCAAAUAAAUAAAUAAAAAAACCCACUGAAUUAUUUUGAUUUAUAGCUUUUGAAAUAAUUGAAUUGGGUUUUUGUCUUUGUGAUAAAAAAAAUGGGUUCAAUUUCUGAGGGACCCACCUCUUCUUCUUCAUCAUUUUCAUCUUCAAGCUCAAAUGGGAGGGAAAUUGAUCCAUUGUUAAGGGAUUUGAGUGAGAAAAAGCAAAACUUUAAGCGAAACGUGGUGUCUUUGGCGGCGGAAUUGAAGGAGGUUCGAACUCGUUUGGCAGUGAAGGAGCAAUCUUAUGUUAAAGAAACCCUAACAAGGCAGGAAGCCGAGGCGAAGGCGAAGGGGAUGGAGGAAGAAGUGUAUAGAUUACAUAAAAGUUUAGAUGAGAGAAAUAAACAAUUACAGGCAUCAGCUUCAUAUGCUGAAAAGCAGUACCUUAAAGAUCUGGAUGAUCUUAGAACUCAGCUCACGAUUACUCGAGCUACAGCAGAUGCAAGUGCUGCCUCAGCUCAAUCAGCCCAACUGCAGUGUUUGACUUUGCUGAAGGACCUCGAUGAAAAGAAUAAUGCAAUAAAGGAACAUGAAGAUCGAGUGAAGAGGCUGGCAGAGCAAUUAGAUAAACUGCAGAACGAUCUUCAAGUGAGGGAGUCUUCACAGAAGCAACUGAAAGACGAAGUCCUGAGAGUUGAGCAUGAUAUCAUGGAAGCCAUGGCAAAAUCUGGCUUUAACAUGGACUGUGAACUGAGGAAAAUAUUAGAUGAGGUUUCACCCAAAAAUGUUGAGAAUAUGAACAAGCUUUUGUCAGUAAAGGAUGAUGAAAUUGCCAAACUAAGGGACGAGCUAAGGAAUCUGUCUGCCCAUUAUAAGCUAAAGGUCAAGGAUCUGGAGACACAGAUGGAGAAACAUCGAAAGGCUGAUCAAGAGCUGAAGAAGCGAGUUCUGAAAUUAGAAUUCUGUCUCCAGGAUGCUCGUUCUCAAACAAGAAAACUUCAGAGGGCGGGGGAGCGAAGGGACAAGGCUAUAAAAGAAUUAAGGGAUCAAUUAGCUAUGAAGCAACAAGUUGCAGCAAAGAGUGAUGAGAAGCAGAAUAAUUUCUGGGAAAGUUCCAACUUCAAGAUUUUGGUUUCCAUGUCAAUGUUGGUCUUGGUGGUCUUCUCAAGGCGGUAGUUUAUCGCUGUUAGUAAGUACAGUUUGUAGAAUGCAAGGGAAUCUUAUCUUAGGAAUCCAUCUUUAGGGUAUUAGGAAGAACUGCAGAGGCUCAGUGUCUGUAAAAAAAAAGAAAAUGCCUCUUUUUUUGCCCCCAUUUUACAGUUAGUACAUCGGCUGAGAGCAUCGUUUUGAUGCCUCUAUAAGUAGAAUAUUCCAGAGACAUGUGAUAUGACCACAUUAAUGUAUAAUUUAGAUUAUAUAUUAGCAUAUAUUAGAGGGAAAAUUAAUAUUAUGAGCUCGAUUAUCUCUUCAA